GUAACUUGGGUUAGCUGAUUCGCUGACUACUUUCUUUACAUUUGAAAGAAUGGAGCAAGAUUCUUCACUGCUCAGUAAAAUUAAUGAGGCUUCUGGAUGUAUUAAAUCUGUUCUUGAAAAAGCAGGAAGCCUCCAGGUUGCACUGAAGCUGGAGCCUACUAUAGAAGAGAAAGGGCUUACCAAUAGUUCUGAUGAUCCAUGUGUACUCAUGGAACUAAAUCUCACUGUAAAUGAAGACCUAAAGCAGAUGUUGGAAAGCAAUAAAGAUUCUGCUAAAUUGGAUGCUAUGAGAAGGAUUGUUGGGGUGAUUGCAAAGGGGAAAAAUGCAUCUGAAUUGUUUCCUGCUGUUGUGAAGAAUGUGGCCAGUAAAAACAUUGAGAUAAAAAAGCUAGUGUAUGUUUAUCUGAUGCGAUAUGCAGAGGAACAGCAGGACCUGGCAUUGCUGUCCAUCAGUACCUUCCAGCGUGCUCUGAAAGAUCCUAAUCAGUUAAUCCGUGCAAGUGCUUUGAGAGUUUUAUCCAGCAUCCGUGUGCCAAUUAUUGUUCCUAUAAUGAUGCUUGCUAUUAAAGAAGCAUCCUCUGAUUUAUCUCCUUAUGUUAGGAAAAAUGCAGCCCAUGCAAUCCAAAAACUCUAUAGCCUUGAUCCGGAGCAAAAGGAAAUGUUGAUAGAAGUGAUAGAAAAACUCCUGAAAGAUAAAAGUACGUUGGUAGCCGGGAGCGUUGUAAUGGCCUUUGAGGAAGUGUGCCCAGAUAGAAUUGAUCUGAUUCACAAGAACUAUCGAAAACUCUGUAAUUUGCUGGUUGAUGUGGAGGAAUGGGGGCAAAUUGUUAUAAUUCACAUGUUAACUCGAUAUGCACGUACACAGUUUGAGAGCCCCUGGAAAGAGGAUGUUGUUAUGGAAGAGUACAAUGAAAAGAACUUUUAUGAGUCUGAUGAAGAACAGAAAGAAAAGGAUCAGAAAGUGAAGAAACUGUAUGCUAUGGAUCCAGAUCACAGGCUGCUUUUACGGAAUACAAAGCCUUUGCUACAAAGCCGUAAUGCUGCUGUGGUGAUGGCAGUUGCACAGCUGUAUUGGCACCUGGCACCAAAAUCUGAGGCUGGCAUAGUUUCCAAAUCAUUAGUGCGUUUGCUUCGUAGUAAUAGGGAGGUGCAGUAUAUUGUUCUGCAGAAUAUUGCGACUAUGUCCAUCCAAAGAAAGGGCAUGUUUGAACCUUACCUGAAGAGUUUCUAUGUUAGGUCAACUGAUCCAACGAUGAUCAAAACAUUAAAGCUUGAAAUCUUGACAAAUUUAGCAAAUGAAGCCAGUAUAUCAACUAUACUUCGAGAAUUUCAGACCUAUGUGAAAAGCCAAGAUAAACAAUUUGCCGCAGCUACAAUUCAGGCUAUAGGCAGAUGUGCAACCAACAUCUCAGAAGUGACUGACACAUGCCUUAACGGCCUAGUGUGUUUGCUGUCCAACAGGGAUGAAAUAGUGGUUGCUGAAAGUGUUGUUGUUAUCAAGAAGCUUCUACAAACACAACCAGCACACCAUAGUGAAAUUAUCAAGCAUAUGGCUAAGCUCUUGGACAGUAUUACUGAAGCACAUGUAAACACUUUUUAUCCUACUACACGGGAGAAAUUCAAGAGAGGCAUAUCCCAUAGAAUAUCACCUGGUAGCCCUCUUCCUGAGAUGUCUGUCUGGCUGUUUACAAUAGAACAUGUGACUGCAGUCCAUUUGGUUCCUGUGGCUAGAGCCAGCAUUCUCUGGCUCAUAGGAGAAUAUUGUGAACGAGUCCCAAAAAUUGCACCUGAUGUUUUGAGAAAGAUGGCUAAAAGUUUCACUAAUGAAGAUGAUCUUGUAAAGCUGCAAAUUUUAAAUUUGGGAGCCAAACUUUAUUUAACCAACUCAAAACAGACAAAAUUGCUUACCCAGUAUGUAUUAAAUCUCGGCAAGUAUGAUCAAAGCUACGACAUCAGAGACCGUACGAGAUUUAUUAGGCAGCUUAUUGUUCCAAACGAGAAGAGUGGAGCUUUAAGCAAAUAUGCCAAAAAAAUAUUUCUGGCACAGAAACCUGCCCCAUUGCUUGAGUCUCCUUUUAAAGAUAGGGAUCAUUUCCAGCUUGGCACCUUAUCUCAUAUUCUGAACACCAAAGCCACUGGGUACCUGGAGUUAUCCAAUUGGCCAGAGGUGGCGCCUGACCCAUCAGUGCGAAAUGUUGAAGUAAUUGAGCCGACAAAAGAAUGGACAGGACUUCUAGGCAAAGCAAAGAAAGAGAAGCCUACUAAAAAGUUUUAUUCUGAGGAUGAAGAUGAGGAUGAAUCUGCUAGCAGCAGUGAUACUGAGAGUAAAUCUGGUAGUGAAAGUGAAAAAGAGAAGGAAGAAGGGAGCAGUAUGGAAAGCAGUGGAAGUUCUUCCAGUGAAGAAUCGAGUGAUAGUGAAAUGGACAGCAAAGAAGGUAGAACAAAGAAAAAAUCUGAAACAAGUGAGGAAAGUGACUCAGAUGACACUGAAAAGAAAACAAAGAUGAUCUCCAAAGGAAAGAGAACCUCCAGGUCCUCUGAAUCAGGAUCUAGUUUAACAGAGGAAAGUUCUUCAGGUUCUGAAUCAGAAUCUGACUCUGAAAGUGACUCUGGAUUAAAAAAACCUGAAAAGGCUACUUCGAACAAGAGAGAAGAAAAAACACAGCAAAAGAAAAAAACUUCUAAUAAACAAGAUGUGUCCUUACUAGAUCUGGAUGAUUUUAGUUUUGUUUCGACUCCUGUGGUAGUUCCCAGACCAGCUAUUUUGCCUCCAAGUUUAGUUGCUGACCUAGAGGGCUUAAAGCUGACAAGUUCAUCUGUCAUUGAUGUCAGUACUCCAGUUUUUGUGCCAAUGGAAACUCAUGAAUUGCUUCACCGAAUGAGUGGAAAAGGAUUAUCAGCUCAUUAUCACUUCUCAAGACAGCCAUGCAUUUAUGGUGAUCAAAUGGUAUCUGUACAAGUAACAUUAACUAACACCACUGACCAGAAGAUAGAGAAUAUUCAUAUAGGAGAGAAAAAGCUACCUGCAGGGAUGAAGAUGCAUGUGUUUAACCCAAUAGAAUCUCUUGAGCCUGAGGGAUCCAUUACUGUUUCAGUGGGUAUUGACUUCUGUGAUUCUACUCAGACUGCCAGUUUCCAAUUAUGCACAAAGGAUAAUCACUUCAAUGUUAGCAUUCAGCCCUCUGUUGGAGAACUACUUUUACCUGUCACUAUGUCAGAGAAAGAUUUUAUGAAAGAGCAAGGAAUGCUUGCAGGAAUGAAUGAGACAUCUACUACAAUUACUGUUGCUCCACAGUAUUCCACCCAUUCUGUAAUAAUUCAAAAAAUAGUUAAGGCAGCAAACCUGGGGGUUGUUCCUUCUGGUCAAGAUAACAUACACAGGUUUGCAGCUAAAACUGUGCACAGUGGGUCAUUGAUGCUAGUCACAGUGGAGCUGAAGGAAAGCUCUACAGCACAGCUCAUCAUAAACACUGAGAAAACUGUGAUUGGUUCUGUUCUACUGCGGGAGCUGAAGCCUGUCCUCUCCCAGGGGUAACCUGCUUACAUCUGGACUUCAGAAUCUGGCACACAACAAAAGUGCCUGGCAUCCACUACUGCUGCCUUUCAUUUAUAAUAAUAGCCCUUCCAUCUGGCAGUGGGGGAAGAAUACACUCUUGACAUUCUUGUCUCCUGCUUUAGAAUGCUAGUGUGUAUCUAUCAUGUAUGCAAGUACUUUCAGUUUUUUCCUGCUUGCUAACCAAAGAACAUAUAUUUUACUGUCAGUUAUCCACGCUCUUAAAUGUAUUUCCCAUUUGUUCAGUUCUUGUGCUUCCCUUCUUCCCUUCCACUUACCUCUCCAUUUUUCCCUGCUAGUGGACAAAUAUUAGGUAAUAAAGUUCAGGAAAAAUGCACUUGCUUGAGAACUGAGCUAAAAUGUCAGAGGGAGACGCUGCAGGUUAGUAUUAGAUGGGUUUUAUUGUAUGAGAAGUGUGAAAGGACAAUGGGUACUACAAUAUGUCCUUGUCUUCUCAAGUUACUUGUAAGCUUAAAUCCAUAUAUAUUGUAAAAUGUUGCUGCCAGUUACUGCCAUGUUGUCAAAUAUUUCUAAAUGUUCAGAUUCUAAUAAAGUUGAAUUACAAAUCAAA